UGAAGGGAAAACUGUCAUGUCAGCCUCCAUGAGCCGUCAACCUUUCCCAGAAAUUUCUUGACACAUAAAUUAGCUUUUUUAUUGGACAGCUUUGGUUUAGGUUCUAUGUACAGAACAACAAUACCAACAAUGUUUAAUGAGCAUCGUUGCCGUUGGUGUACAACAGUUUUGUUUUGUGUAACACCGAAAGAACAUCUACUGAUCUAGACUACACGUACUGCGUUUAACGUACUCGUAGUGGUAGCCAUACAUUAUUAUUAUUAAUAAAUAAUAUUAUUAGUAUUACAUACACUCGUAGUCGUACAUCCUAAUUCCUAUGUGGGGUUAUAGUUGAUGUGCAAAUGAAAUGGAAGUGGAUGAUAAUCUGACGAGACAGGUUGAGGAGGUGGAAGCACUGACUGCUAUAUAUGGAGAAGAGUGGCAUGUAGAGGACGAGAUGUCCAGGACAUACUCAAUCACUCUUACUGACAUGACAGGAGGUGUGGAAAUAUCGCUAUUCUUACAGGUGACAUUGCCGACUGACUACCCUGGUGGAGCACCACCGAUAUAUCAGUUGAGUGCACCAUGGCUGAAAGCUUUGGAUAAGGUUGAACUUUGCAAUGCCCUGGAGAAAAUAUAUAGUGAUAACAUUGGAGAAUGCAUCCUGUAUCAGUGGGUGGAGAAGGCUCGGGAAUUUAUAAACAGAAAGGCCUUUGAUAGCACAGAAAGUAAAGAAGUCGUACAGCUGCCACUUGAAUGUGGUAAUUUUCCACCAAGUUUAUCCGUUUUCAAUCAAACGCCUGAAGAGCAGCUGCCAACAACACAGGAACGACUUGCUGCUUCUACCAAUAACCUAGAAGAUGUGCCAGCAAUUUUACAUGGCGAGCCCUUCGUAGAUAGAAAGAGUACCUUUCAGGCACAUCUAUCAUCUGUUUCAGACCUAAACCAGGUUAAGAAGGUGAUGAUAACAUUGCUGGCUAACAAGAAGAUUGCGCAUGCAACGCACAACAUCAUGGCAUACAGGCUGUUCGAUGCCGCGAAGAGCAGCUUCCUGCAAGACUGUGACGAUGAUGGUGAGACAGCAGCUGGAGGGAGGCUGCUUCAUCUGCUACAGAUCCUAGAUGUGCGCGACGUCAUGGUUGUUGUAUCGAGGUGGUACGGCGGGGUGCUGCUGGGGCCUGAUCGCUUCAAACACAUAAACAACUGCGCAAGAGGCAUUCUGCAGCAACAUGGAUACGUACGUGACCAGCAGGAAAAAUUGACUAAAGGCCAGAAACACAAGAAGAGGUGACAGGAGUAGACUGCAGCUCACGAUGGCACUAAUAUCUAUAAUUUCAUAAUGUAAAUCUGAAAGGUGUUAUGCAGUUCGGCAUCCCUAUAAUGGGAGUGAACACCCCUCUGGCUCAUUCUACUUUUCUCUAUUCUCUCUCUCUCUCUCUCUCUCUCUCUCUCUCUCUCUCUCUCUCUCUCUCUCUCUCUCUCUCUCU